GUUUUUGUCGUACUCUUCCUUUUUCCGGUUCAUGGGGCGGGCGAGGGUAGUGAGGCGGCUAUGGACGUCGCUGUGGCCCUUGGGCUCUGCCCCUGCCCACCGGCCACGGCCUGUCCCUGAGCAGCCCCCGCUUCUCCAUCGGGCCGUGGUGCGGGCACAGAGGACCGUGCACGGCAGCAGGAUGUCAUCACAUUGCCAUACCUCUGCUGUGCUGAUAGUCUUUAUGGCCCUUGCUGUUGGUGCGGGGGCUGAACCGCCGCCAGAGAAGAGCUGUGAUUUGGUUGGUGAUGAGAGUACUGAGUCGCAAACAGAAAAAGCCCUGCUGAAGAAACUAGAACCCCUGAGCCAAAUAAGAUUUAACACGACUGUGGAGAUUGGAACAACUGAAAACUAUGCCUACCAUUUUAGGGUAUGCAGAGAGGUCAACAGCAGCUUGCAUGAUUAUGCUGGCCUAGUACAAAUGGAUAGGCAGUCUGGAAAGACUACAGUGAUAGGAAGAAUCAAUGAAACUCAGGUCUUCAAUGGAAGUGACUGGAUCAUGCUUAUUUAUAAAGGAGGUGAUUCAUAUGGUAGGCACUGCAGUGGUGAGAAAAGAAGAGCUGUGAUAAUGAUUUCUUGCAAGCGAGGAGUUACAGCGAGUUCGUUCAGCAUCGUUUCAGAAGAGAGGGAAAAGGAGCAGGACUGUUUCUACCUCUUUGAGAUGGACAGCAGUGUGGCUUGUCCAGCUGAGAAUUCCCACCUCAGCACUGGCUCCAUUCUACUAAUCACGUUUUCUUCAGUAAUCGCAGUCUAUAUCAUUGGUGGGUUUCUCUACCAGCGCCUUAUAGUGGGAGCGAAGGGCAUGGAACAGUUUCCUCACUUUGCCUUCUGGCAAGAUUUGGGCAAUUUGGUGGCGGAUGGCUGUGACUUUGUCUGCCGAUCCAAGCCUCGAAAUGUACCUGCUGCAUACCGUGGUGUGGGUGAUGACCAGCUGGGUGACGAGUCAGAGGAACGGGAUGACCACUUGCUACCAAUGUGACAGGCUUUCAACACUGAUUUCUUUUCUCCUCAUCUCCCCCCAGCCAGUUCUUCUCUCCUGAUUUUCUUUACACGAUACACUUUGGCUGUCUCUGGCGUGUCAAGUCUCAUGGAUGCCUCUAGGUGUGAACAGCACUGGUCCCCAUUGGCAUGCCUCAUUACUGUAAUGCUGUUUGGGUUGUUUUUUAUUUCUUGUUUUUUCCAAAAAUGCAGCAGAGCAGCAAAGCUAUGGGGAGCAAGUGCUGAGAGUUGGUAAGACAGCAAGAAAGCAAUGUGAGUGUUCAGCGCUGAGCAGGAAAGGGAGUUUCUUCAUUGAGAGGAAGAAAGGGCCAUGAAUGAAUGCAGAAAGUGGAUGUCUCCGUUUAAUAAACUGAGACAGUAGUAGAGGGGUCUUUAGUGUAGGGUUUUUUUUCCUGGGGUUUACAGAAUCUGUUACACUUUUUUUUUCCUUUGAAUGCAUUUUUGGCUUUCCUAUGUCCUGCACCGUUGCACACAGCUUUUGUCAGCAUAACCUGCAUGAAAAGCUCUAUGCUGGACUCACUGGAGUUGGAAGAGGCAUUAGCAGCCCCCUAGGUCUUUUUCUAAUGCUGACGUGUUGCAAAAUAGAUGCCUGUUUCCUUCAAGAGGUGUAAAGGGAUGCGUGCCAUCCUCUCAAACUGGAGAGGAGCAAUGCUAAAAAAAGAUUGAGUUAUAUGCUGUUUCGCUACUCUUGAGUUCAGUCAAAAUACCAUCUUCUCCAUCACAGAAGAGAGGGAAAAAAUAAUUAUGUUCUCCUAAAUGAAGGGGAUGCUUUCUGAAUGUGUAAGUGACAUUAAGGCAAAAUGUGAAAAUUAAAGACAGCUAUCACUUGAGUUCUUUACCAAGCCUCACUUGAAGCUUUAUGCCUACAUAGCUCAGUCAUAGCCAGUAUUAUGAUCUAAAGGACAGAGGAACCUGGUGCUUCCUCGGUUGGCAGAAUGUUUUCCUGGGAAGCUACUAAAAUUUUAAUUAAAAAGGAUAAGAAUGCUAAUAUGCUCAGAACUGUGUUGAGAGACCCCACUUGCUGUCCCCUUCAACAUGGUGCAUACCAGUCUUAUGAUACUUGCCCUGUGCAGAUGGUACUUGAAUACUGCUUGGAACAAGAGAUAGGUAGCCUUCUACUUGGGCACUUGUGAAAAGCAGGUACAGCUGAGUUAUAAGACUUAAUAGGAACCUUUUGGACGUGGUACCUUCAUUCAUAAUUGCUUUUUGCUUAGAGUCUAGCUCCUCACUUACUCCAGUCUACAAUACAGCAGAGUGGGAAGAAAACCAUCUUUGGUCUUGAGGGCAUAGACUGCUGAAUACUGCUAAUGGCAAGGUACUGAUAAGGUUUGUGGAUGGUUAUACUGCUUUGUCAGUAUAAGCAAUGGCAGUAGGGGCAAAGAGAUGAUCCUGUUUUCUUGCUGGGCUGAGCGGGGCAAACAAUAAAAGUCAAAGCAGGAAUUACAGUCUCAGUCUUUCUCAUAACAUGAGAAAAAAUGAAGUCAUUAAGCCAGUUGGUACCAUUUUUUUUUUUCAUGGUGGUGUUUAAGGUAAUUUGUCUUUUGUACAAAACAACUUUCAAAAAUAAAACGACCAAACACCC